CGCUGGCGCACCUCCAUAUACACACAUUCGCAGAGUGGAGUCUAAAAUGAACACACAGGUCCGCUUUUAGACAACUUUUAACCUUAAAGAGGUCUUGGAUAUUAACACUCUGUGGAAUACAUUCUCUUUUCUGUUGCCUUCUUGCACACACUGGAGGAGUUACGUUAAAGCCUAGUCUUUUUCUUCAAAUGGGAAUUACAUACGGGCAAGAAACUUUAGCUCACUCUUCUCCUCAGUUAUAGUCAGACGCGUUUCGCUCGAAACAUGCCGGAGCAAAUAAGCAUUUCGGACUUUGUGGUCCUGACAAACGAGGACUUGUCUUCGCCGGGGACUUCAAGUUUUCAGUCCAAAAUGAGUGACUGUCGGAACACCGUUUCAACCGUGGAGGAGUCUCUGGAGAUGGACCACACAACUCUACUGAGGAUGAAGAAGACGAUCAAAGCAAUACACUCUUCUGGACUCUCUCACGUGGACAACAAGGAGCAGUACAUUGAGUUGUUGGAGAACCUUGGGAAUAGCCACCUGACACAGGACAACAAUGAAGUCUCCACAGGCUUCCUUAACCUGGCUGUGUUCACCAGAGAGGUCACGUCCCUCUUCAAAAAUCUGGUGCAAAACCUCAACAACAUCAUGGCGUUUCCUUUGGAAAAUGUGUUGAAGUCGGAACUCCGGGACAGCAGACUAGAGCUCAAGAAACACAUGGAGAAGAGCUGGAAGGAGUAUGACAUAAAAAUAGGAAAGCUCGAGAAGGAGAGGAAGGAGAAGACCAAGCAGCUGGGGCUGAUCAGGAUGGAGGGAUCAGACGGAGGGGAGGACAUGGAGAGAGAGAGGAGGACCUUUCAGCUGCAAAUGUGUGAGUAUCUUUUGAAGAUCGAGGAACUCAAGGUGCGUCAGGGCCCUGAUCUUCUCCAGAGCCUCAUCAAAUAUUUCCAGGCCCAGCUCAGUUUCUUUCAGGAUGGGCUGAAGGCUGCAGAGAAUCUCGCUCCUUUUAUUGAGAAGCUUGCUGCUUCUGUUCACACAGUCCGCCUGGACCAGGACGAGGAGGUAAAACAACUGACUCAGUUGAGGGAUUCUCUCAGAUUACUUCUGCAAGUAGAGGGGAAAGAGGAGUACCUGAACAGGAAGAACUCUGGCAAUGGGUAUAGCAUCCACCAACCACAGGGAAACAAGAAGUAUGGGACGGAGAAAUCUGGCUUCCUGCUCAAGAAGAGUGAUGGGAUCAGGAAGGUGUGGCAGAAGAGGAAGUGUGGAGUGAAAUUUGGCUGCCUGACCAUUUCCCACAGUACGAUCAAUAGACCGCCAGCCAAGUUGAACCUACUGACUUGUCAGGUGCGACCAAACCCAGAGGACAGGAGGACCUUUGACUUGGUCACUCAUAAUCGGACAUACCAUUUCCAGGCAGAAGACGAGCAGGAAUGUAUGAUUUGGGUGUCAGUGCUGCAGAACAGUAAGGAGGAGGCCCUGAACACAGCAUUGGGAGGAGACCAGCUCCACCUUCAGGACAGCGGGCUCCAGGAACUUUCCCGAGCAAUCAUCGCAGAGCUUCGACACAUGCCUGGCAACGAGGCCUGUGCUGACUGUGGAGCACCAGAUCCAUCAUGGCUGUCAACCAAUUUGGGCAUCCUGACCUGUAUAGAGUGCUCUGGCAUCCACAGAGAGCUAGGUGUCCACUAUUCCAGGAUCCAGUCACUCACUCUGGACCUACUGAGCACCUCUGAGCUUCUGUUGGCAGUCAGUAUUGGUAACACCAGAUUCAAUGACAUCAUGGAGGCGGGCCUUCCAAAUGACUCUGUCAAACCAUUGCCACAGAGUGACAUGAAUGCCAGAAAGGACUACAUUGUGGCGAAAUACGCUGAGCGGCGCUAUGUCCUUCGCAGAGAAGAAGCAGAUCCUGCCCGGCUGUAUGACGCUGUGAGGGGUCGUGACAUCAAUUCUCUUCUACAGCUCUACGCUGAGGGAGCGGACCUGGCCAAACCACUCACACUGCCUGAAGGACAGGGGAUCAGAGAGACAGCUCUCCAUCUUGCAGUGCGUCUGGAGGAAAGGAGCUCUCUGGCGCUGGUGGAUUUUCUCUGCCAGAACAGUAACUGUCUGGAGAAGAGAACAGCAGAGGGAAACACAGCUCUUCACUACAGCGUCCUGCAUCACAAGCCAGAGUCUCUCAAAUUACUGCUCAAAGCAAAGGCCGCCCUACACACAGUGAACUCUGCAGGCGAGACUGCGCUUGAUAUUGCACGGCGGCUGCAGCACAUACAAUGUGUCGAGCUGUUGGAGCUGGCACAGAGUGGGAAGUUUAACUCUCAAAUCCAUGUGGAGUUCAUGUGGGAGACACAGUCUCAGGAGUUUUAUGACAGUGAGGAUGACCUGGAUGAGAGGGUGAGCCCAUUACCCAAACACCGCUCUCCUCUCUCCUCAAAUGGAGGUGGUGGAACUCCCUUUGCCCGCUGGAGUGUGGGUAUUGGUGCCAAUGGUAAUGCUGCCAGCAGGCCUUGCCAGACAUACGAGAAUCUAGACUUCCUAUACAGAAAUCCUCCAGCCAACAGCGCCCCUUCUGGAGCAUCGGCACCACCACCACUACCAGCUAAAUCCAUCCAAAGAGGUCGCUCUGACCCCCAGAUUUCGGUUACAACACAGGAGGGCAACCAAAUUCCACGUCGCUGCUCUAACCCGGCCUCCAGCUCCUCCAGUCCCCAGACACAGGCGAGACAUAACCCACCUUCACCCAACAUGGACAACCAUGGCCAAGGGGGGAGACCACCUAGGUCACCCCACGGACAAGGAGGUCCGCUCAGGGGGCAGAAGCAGACCUGGGAGGGCCAACCUGGUGCUAGUUCUGGAUCUCAAAGCAGUCUCACACCAACAUCUUCCCUGAACCACUUGGGGCCUGUCAGUUCAGAGAAGACCACAUCAUAUCGUCGGACGAGCAGUGGAGGAGGGCUCCAGGGGAAGUGCGGUGUGUUGUCUCCAAGCUGUGUGGGCAGCCAGGAGGAGCUGUACUGCAGCUUAGUGGGGAAUAGUCCGGGCCUCACCCCAGCUCCCGCACCAGCACCGUCAUCCUCACCUACCAUAACCUGUGCCCCACGACCCCGCAGGAAUGCUAUGGUUUCUGGCAGCAGGCCACAUCAGAAGCGUGUCAAGGCUUUAGUGGACUGCAGAGCAGUCAGUACUGAGCAGCUUGCCUUUUUCAAAGAUGAGAUCAUUGUGGUCACGGCCACUAAUGACCCCCACUGGUGGGUUGGUCACAUAGAGGGGGACCUAAGCAGGAGUGGGACAUUUCCUGUCAACUAUGUACACAAACUGACAGACUAAAGAGGCAUGGAAAUAUGAAAGUACUGCAUGGUAACAUAGUAGAGGAACUGAACCAGCAUGGGAUAUUUACUGGAAACCUAUUGUCACCACAGUGAAUUUUAUCUACAGGAGAGGACGGUGUUGUUCGCUGGAUCUAACUCAAACUAGGGGGUUUGAGCAAACUGAGACUAUUUCCACAUAGGAGGAUACUAGCCAAAUUAUACCUGGUGAUAUGAAUGGCACUGUUUCAGGGAUUUAUAUCCUUUAACAUUUGCUUAUCCCAGAAACCAACAAGGAAACUGAAGGCUUUCACAGCCCCAUAUCAGCAAAACAUCUCAUUCCAAGGGCAAUUUCCCCCCUGUUGGUCUAUCAUUGUUUUUUUUAAACUAUGCCGUGUUCUUCCAGUUGUCUAGGUACGAAUGCAUUUGUGGUUGGGGUAGAAACUUCAAUUUAACCAUUAAUGACACAUUAUAUUGCAGAUGUUGAAGUUGUGUAUUCUGAUCUAGGAUCUGUACCUAAAGGCAAAACUUACCUGCAGGGCAAAUCCCUUUAUGGCACUUUAAACUAAUUGAGAGGAAAUCUUCUGAAGAGUUGGCACAGCUGUAAAUGUGUACCUAGCCAGCUACUAUGUAGGGAUGUAGUUGCCUGUUGUGCUGAACGGGAACUGUCUAGCCUUUUAAAUCACAGCAUACUGAGACUUGGAUUUGAGGUUCAAACCUGUUCAGUGUGUGUUGCAGCCUGCCCUGGGAAUCAAAAAGUGAUUUUGUGCCUGCCAGUCUGUCUCCAACAAAACACCAGGCGUCUGGGCAGCCCAGGGAGAGAUCUGAAACUCUAGCUCAGCCAUCUUGCCUCUGGGCACAGCUCAAUGGCUGCAAGGAGAGUGCAGGAUUCAGUUUCUUCUGGCUCCAGGCAUCUGUCUCUGGAUGACCUGGAAUAACGAUUGUGUGCUAUGGAGAAAAAAAAGGACUCUCUGUUCUACCAGGAAAUGGCACUUAAAGAGAGCUUGUUAGUAACAGCACCCCACUGCAGUAAUUUGUUCAGUGAACACAUAUUCAUUGUUGGCACGUGUGUAUCACCAUAUAUACACAAGCACACUUGCACUUACUGUACACACAGGGUAGCAUCUAGGAUUUAGGAAGAGAGAUGAGAGUCCACCUUUUAUACUAGUAACAAAUACCCAAAUGUAACACAUUUCACAGCUAUUACACACAAUUUGUUGUACAUAAUUGUCUAAACACAUUCACUGAUAUACUGUAUAUUUUACCCGUUGUCUGUUCCGUUGUGCAUUAUAAAAGAUUGUAUCAAUACAGAUAGUGUUACUUGAUGUUGGUUAUUUGACGUCCUCUGAUUUGAUGUCAUUUGUCCUCUGUUCUGUUUCAAUAGUUGUCUUAAUGGCUGUCAGAGAGGAAAAAAAGAAGGGAAUAGACAACACAGUUGUAUAACCAGUGUUCAGAAACGAUCCUGUCUCACCAAACCAAAAACAAACAAGCAGUGAUUAGUAAAGGCGGGCAGGAAGCAGGUGUUCACAUCCCUUUAAUCAUUCCUGAGUUUAAACAAACUGUCGUGGAAUCUGUUUGCUUGUCACUGUUUCUGCUGACUUGUUACACUCUUGAUGAUUAAGCAAACAGAUCACGAGACAGGCUUGUUGUCAGAUAAUUGUGAAGCAGUGGAUGACUGCAUUAUAGUACAACUGUAAGUAGGAACUGUAAAAUGUAAACAAUAGUACAUUUACUCAUUUGAGUCAGUAUAUUUGUAACAUACACAUGAAACAUGUUUAAUAAAGUGCCAUACAGUUUU